AUGUCAUCGACCGGCAGUUGUGCGAAUUGCGGGAAUGAGGCGAAGUGGAGGUGCUCGGGGUGCAUAGGCGCACCAGAAUACACUCCCGGCGAUGCCUUGCCAGUCUUUUACUGCGGGUUGUCCUGUCAAGAGGCGCACCAACCCGUCCACAAAGAUCACUGCAAGACCAUGCGUCGUCGAAAGAAACUUCUGCGGACGGCAGUCAUCGCCAAGGCUGCAUUUCUGGGGUACAGAGAACUUCAUUUCGACGUUGACGUUACCAACAUUGAGCGGCGCGACCACAAUCUGUAUCUUUCCACCAACUCGAUGAUCUUGGAUAGAAAUUCCUUGGCUCUGGGUCGUCCUUUCCCAGAAAAUUUGACCACGGACCCCAAGCAUCAAGAGGCAGUCCUCACCUGGCUUCAAGGAAUUACUGCCUGUCCCUUGUCGUGCCGCUUGGUGACGAAGCUUUUGGCAGGCGUACCGUGCGAUAUUUCCAUGAUGGGGGUCAACGUUGGAAAGAGAAGCUUGAAUAUUCAAAUCGUUCCCCGCUCUGACUCCGUUGACAUUACUGGCCCGGAUACUGCUGGUAUACCACACCACAUCUUGAAGGUCAGAGUCCGGCAGCCGGGCACUGAUGAGACCUGGAUUAUGGACCUUACUGGCGCUCAGUAUGGUAUCCAGGCUGCCCUCACCCCAUAUUCGAAGUAUAUGGCAGAUCAGGAGUGUUCGAUUGUGGGCAAUCCAGAGCCAUACAAUAUGACUGAGACCUGGGAUCUGGAUGUCGCGUCAGCCAAAUUAGAGGAGGUAUUUAGAGAAGUUUUGAGCUCUGUGCGUCAGCCACGUCUGCGUUUUGCUGCUUUCGUCGAUACAGUUGACGAAGAGAUUUUGAAGGGUUCACCUGAAGAGUUCGUUCAUAAGUUGGCACAGUUCCGAGUAGCACUGAAGCAGUACAUGUUGAACGAACCCCAGAAUCCUUGA